UUGUUUUUGUCAAGUGUUUGUUGAUUUCAGUUCAGAUACUUUUUCAGCUCACGAGCCUGUCUUUGGGGAGAGUUCAGAGAGGAGUCGUUCCGUCACUGUGAUUCUUUCAAUUACUCGUUCAGGAUAGUAUUACUUUGGUGAGGAACAGCAUGCCUCCUAAGAAGGGGGCCGGUGGCCCCAGCAAGAAAACUGUUGAGAAAAAGAAAGAGAAAGUUGUCGAGGACAAGACAUUCGGUCUCAAGAACAAGAAAGGCAAAAAGCAACAGGACUUCAUCAAGAAUGUAACUUCGCAAGUGAAGUAUGGAAAUCAGGGAACUGCGAAGAGGGAGCAGGAUGAGCGCGAGAAGAGAGAAAAGAAGAAGGAGCUGGAAAAGAAGAAAGCUGAGGAGGCCUCACUGUUCAAGCCAGUUCAGUCGCAGAAGAUUUCUGCUGGUGCAGAUCCUAAAUCCGUGCUUUGUGCAUUCUUCAAGCAGGGCACGUGCAAGAAGGGCGACAAAUGCAAGUUCUCGCACGACCCGUCUGUGGAGCGCCGAGGUGAGAAACGCAGCCUGUAUGUGGAUGAGCGUGGUGAACUGGAGAAUGACACGAUGGACAAGUGGGACCAGGAGAAACUAGAGGAGGUGGUCAGUAAGAAGCACGGCAAGGACGGCCCGAAGCCCACCGACAUUGUCUGCAAGCACUUCCUUGACGCCAUCGACAAGAACCUUUACGGCUGGUUCUGGUCGUGCCCGGGUGGCGGAGAAAAAUGCCACUAUCGUCACGCGCUGCCGCCUGGCUUUGUGCUGAAGAAAGACCAGAAGAAAGCAGCGAAGCAGGAUCAGAUCACUAUCGAGGAGCUCGUAGAGACGGAACGGUCGCAGCUGGGCUCCAACUUGACUAAGAUCACGCUGGAUACCUUCAUGGAAUGGAAGAAGCGCAAGCUCGCCGAGAAGAAGAUCACUCUGGCGAAGGAGCUUGCCAAGAAGAAGUCCGACUUCAAGGCUGGAAGAGCUCUUGGCGUGAGCGGUCGAGAAAUGUUCAUGUUCAACCCGGAACUUGUAGGUGGCGAUGACGACGGUGCUGAGGAAGUCUACACUCGCCGGAGGGAAAACGAUGACGACAAUGACGAAGAGGCCAGCGGUGCAUGCGCAGCCGCAGGAGCCGCGUCGGCAGUUAGCGAGGGCCCAUCGUAUGAUCUGACGAACAUUGGUGCCGUAGCAGAUACUCCGGCGCCUGUCAAACCUCUCGACAAUGGAGACUCCGCAGCAGCAGCGGCGGCGGCGGCGGCAGCAGCAGAUGCUGUCGUUGUCGAUGAAGAUCUCUUUGGCGACGAGGAUAUUGGCGACUUAGACCUUGGUGACUUAGAUGAUGAUGAAGAUGAAGAUAUGGACAGCUGAGUUUGAUGUGUUUGUCUCUAGCUGUUGUUUUGAUUUGUUGAGAUGCAGAUUCAGUAGUUGCCCCACUGUCCAUAUCCCCUAACCGAGUUCUGUGUUUCUUCUCCCCUUCGUGAAUGUGGGCUGGUAGUUGUGCGUGUGUGCCAGGGCCUCUGCGCGCGAGGUAGCGGAUGCGUGCGUCUGUUCAUGUGAGUUUGCUUGUGCAUGCUUCUUUGGCCCGGUAUCUGUUGCUUCUAGAGAUGUGCCUGAUGUGUAUCUUCUAUACAGAUGUAAUUAUAUGUUCGUGGCGGCGGCGGCGUGAACGUAUAUUUUAUAUAAUUCUGUCUCCCUCUGGGGCGCACUGUCUCUCUCUUUUUUUUUUGGCUUGUUGGUACUGGUUUCUCUCCAGCCAAUGCUAGGCUAUGCUUGUACAAAUACGCUGCUGUAGUUUGCCGUGAUGUGUGCCCUUUGCUCAUAGUAUGCUCUUUGCUGUGUGCCGCUUGAUGCUGGUCGCUUUCUCUUUGUUGUACAUCGCUGUGUGCUGUGUUUCCCCCCCUGAUAAUCAACCUCAUGACGUCAUGUGUCACUUUUGCAGUGCACUGCCAUACCCGUUGUUUUAUAAAUUAUGAUUAUAUUUUUCUUUUUCCGGCUCUUUUUUCUUUUCCUUUUUAAAGCUAUAGGGGAAGCGGUAGAAUUGGAUGGCACGCUUUUUUUGCUGGACAGCUAUCAAAGUGUUGUGUACUAGCCUUUCUUGCUAGCAUGAGAUCUUAUUUCGCCAUUCAUGCUGGGCCAGACAGUCAAAACCUAUCAUCAUUUAAUUUUGGCCUUUGCAAUAUUCACAGGUGUGCAACUCGUGAUGUCAUGCAAUGUUGGUACAGAGCUGAUCAUUGAAGUUCGCUGCCAUUGAUUUGUUUUAACUACCCAACACUGGA